AUGUAAAAAUAAUAACCAUUAUAAGAAACCUAGAAUCCAAAACCUCAAAUAAAAAAAGCUAAUAGUUUUGAUGAGGAUGAUAAAUUAGAAGUACAUAAGACUAUAAAAAUUAGAUAAUAAAAUAAGGAUAUGGAAUAAAUGAAGCUUUAAAAUUAGAUAUCUUGGAAUUCUAUAAAUCAAGCAGAGAAUAAUAAGAAUUUAAAAAUCCUGCUGAUUUCAUUAAGCAUCGUUUAGAUAGUAAAUAUGGGCCUUAUUGGUUUGUAUUUAUGUGGAAUCUUAAAGAUAAGUUAAAUGCUUAAUUCAGUUAUUAUAAUAAUGAUGAUAAAGUCUUUGAAUUUGAAGUAUCCAUCUAUUGCUAAUUUUUCUAAGCUUUAUGGAUGGCACAAUUUAAUUUAUUCAUUUAAUCAAGGACCUUAACCUGUAAAAUACUAGCCUUAAUCAAAUGGAUAAACAUUGCCUUAAUUUAAUUUGUAUUUAGACUAUUAAAUUUAGGCAAUAUAAUAUGUAAUCUUAUGAUUCUAAUUAUCUACAAUAAGAUUUACAAUUUAAUGGACAAUUAAAAUAUUAAUAUUGA